CAGGUAUUUUACCGGCUGGUGGGAAUCACAACAUUCCCAAUCUUACUCUGCAGUGUUACCAUCUACUUCAUGGUUAACCAAGAAAUCGACUUUUGGACCUUUUUCCAGGUAACUGUGAUCCUGAUAGGGCUGUGCCAGGCGUGGAUUGGUGUAUUCUCUGCAGUAGUGUACGCAGGUCCUACUAUUGCCCUCAAGAUAUGUCCCAUGGUUUCAGCCUUAUCAGCCUUCACAAGCGGGUUCUUGGUUCCUGAACCCAACAUGCCGCCCCCUUUCCAGGCACUGUUUUUCUUUAACCCCACUUUCUGGGCUAUUCAAGCGAUAGCAAAGUUACUACUAAAAGACAAACUGUUCGGGUGUGAAGAAUACACCAGCAAACUCUCCUGUCAGAUAUCCUCUGGAAACUUUAAUCUCGCUAGUUUCGGGUUUUUGGACGGAGAUCCCGUGACUACGGGGUUUAUUUUACUUGGUUUCAUCGUCCUGACCCAGCUGUUCUCUGUCUGGGUUUUGUUAUUCAAACACUCUCCUGAUUCCAUACACAAAGUAUUCCUGAAGUGGUUAUCCAACUUACGAUGUUCCAUAACGCUACCAAGGUUCUUUGCAAACGGGAAGGUGGCUGACGGAGAACUGGUGAUUGUUCGUACCAAAGACAUAGAACCGAGGAAAGAAUGGGCUAAAGUUAUCGGCAAGGUUAUCAAACAGCAGCAAGAAACGUUCACUACGGAGAUAGAAGCUGGUCGUAUCAUAGAGUCUUCCUUUUUAGAGGGGAUAGGUCAUUUCUUAUACAGACGUGGUACUAACUCUGAGACUAUACUCGAGAGUCACAAUAGAAAUUACAGAAACCAGAAUGGUGUAACGGACGAGAUGUUGGAAAGAAUAAUCCUGAUUCUACGAAAUGGUCUGAGACCAGUAAAUGAGAGCUCAAACAGACCGGGGGAGCACCGGAGUAGCUCCGUCCAUGGUGGUGGUGAGAAAGGAACCUACAAGAUAAAGAACCAGGCUGAGCUUCAAGUCCACCAGAUGCUUCUGGCAAACAGGAAACGUCAGUUCCAAUCCAAGUUCAAAUCAGCCGGCAACAACGUCCGAAAUGCCCAAAGACUGAACAGUGAUGGCAUUGAGAUGAGUGGAGGUCUGACUCCCACCACUGAGUACGGAGCACCAGGAAGCACAACCUCCCUGCUCCCAACUAAACCACCACUCCACGUGACUUACUCGUGUCCCACCCCCAGGAGGUUCUCAACUCAGGAUCCUUUGUGUACCAUACCAGGGAGCAGGGAGUCCGAGCAGGAUGCUGCUGAUAUGGGGAGGCGGGGCUCGGCUUUCGGGAACUUGCAGAGCUCGUCCCGUGAAGACUCGGAUAGUCCCGAACAGAAUGAACAAAAUGAUGAUCAGUUCAAGUCAUUUAUUCGAACCUUAAAACCUCGCAAAGAGAGGUGCGAUCAAGUUGAGGAUUUUGAGGAGCACAGACUGUCCGAUCUGGUUGAGAAUUCCGUCUCGGUCAGUCCCGUUCUAGCGGCUUCUUCUCCAACUUCUCCGACCAGUUCAGAUUACAACAAUAUUGUAACCCUGGUGUAGCAGUUUCCUUGGCAAACUUCCUAUCAAUUUAUAUCUCCACGAUGGAGAAACUAACCGCAUUAUAUACUGUUACUGAGUGCAGAUUAGCUGUGUUUCGUUAGACCGUAUGAAACAUAUAAUCAGAAGGAAAGGAGAAAUUGAAUUCACGGACAUGGACAAAAUCAUUUCAGAGGGAAUCGUUUCUGUGAAAUCCUGCGAUUCUGUGAAAUCCUGUUUUGGUUUAGUAACUCUGAACAUGUUGCUCAUAGUAGUAUUACAGUAACGAAGUUGAGUCUACAUUUAAUUUAAUUUGAGAAGUUUGUAGAUCACAUAAUUGUGGGUCGGACCUAAUCACUUAUGCCGAGGUUAUGUGGGUUUAAAUACAGAAAAUAAGAUUUUCAUAUUUUCUUGCGUACUGUUGUACGAUAUACACAUGGUCCCCCGGAUUAAAAAUUAUAUUAUAUUAUAUUAUUUUGAUGUUUUGAUAUGUGGAAUGACUGUUAUGUUUAGUUGACAAUUUAAUAUAAUUGAUAUUUGUAGAUCUUAAUGAUGACAAUGAUGUUUUGAAAUUGAAAAUAUUCGAGUUGAAUUAUUGAACCUUGGUCCGUUGGGGAUCUCAUUUGAAGUUAGAAAUUAGUUUUGGAGAGUUAUCAGGGUUUGUUGAACAGGCUAAUUUAAAUAAUAGCGACUCAGUCUUGCACUAGUUGCCCCGAAUCUAAGCUAGUUUUUAUUGAACAAUGAUUGGAAAUUGUCGAAUUUGUAUCACAUUUUGUUCACGAUACGAUGUUCUU